AUGUCAGGUCGAAACUUUGAAGACUUAUCUUUGCAAGAGGAGGACGAUGAAGGGGGGUUUUGUUUUGAUGUGGAGGAGGAAAGCUCUGAGGGUGGUGAUUUACGUUUGUGUCUUGUUGGUAGAUUUCUGUGUGAUAAACCGAUUCAUGUUAUGUCUAUGAAGAAGAGAGUGGCGGAUAUGUGGCGUCCGGUGAAGGGGGUUAUUAUCAAGAAAGCUUCGGAAGGGUUAUUCUUGUUUCAAUUUUCUCAUAAACUAGAUAUGGAGGCGGCGUUGAAAGGAGGACCGUGGACUUUCGGUAGUCAUCGGUUGAUCAUAGAGAGAGUUCAAAUCGGUAUUCAGAUUGAAAAUAUCCCUUUGUUCCAUGUUGAAUUUUGGGUUCAGGUUCAUAAUCUACCUGCAGGUCUAAUGUUGGAGAAAGUCGGUAAAGCUAUGGCGAAUUUUAUUGGUACGUUUGUUGAAUAUGAUAAAAAUAACAAUUAUAGUUUCUGGAGACAGUAUAUGCGACUGAGAGUGAAAGUAGACGUCCGUCAACCUUUAAAGAAAAAUACCAAAGUGAAAAAUAAAGGCGGAGAUUGGUGCACGGUUAACUUUAAGUAUGAGAAUCUGGGACUUUUCUGUUUUGUAUGUGGCAUUUUGGGUCAUUCAGAACAGAAGUGUGAAAUUCGGUUUGCUAUGGAAGAAGAUAAUGGAUUGAGAGGUUGGUCUAUUGAUCUUAGAGUAGACAAUAGAAGACAUAAUACUGGUCCAAGUUCACGUUGGUUGAAGGAGGAAGGUACUAGUAGUAAUGCUACACAAUAA